CACGGUAUCAGCUCAGAACCCUCUAGAGUCCUGUGUUAUUCUCACCACUAGAGGCGCUGUCGGUGUGGUGUUCGGGUGUGGCCGGUGACGCGAGGAAGCUCAGGGGCGCAAAAAUGACUGAACGAACUCAGAAGAGAAAGUUUCCUGAUGAUGGUCGUAGCUCCGCUGCUAAUUCACCUACCCGGUUUCGAUCUCUGAAUCCCGAUCGAGACCGACAGAGAUGCCUUGGAGAUGAAGCCGGAACUUCCAGGGACAGCAGUAAUGGCAGCAGCAGCCAAGCAAGCAGCACAGUGUAUAAGUUGUCAGCUGGAGAAGGUCAACAUGUCAUUGCAGAAAGGGGACGGCGACCUGUACGUAACUUACAAGAUUUGGGACUCGCCAUCAGACAGACCAUGGCUCAUGUUAAGGAUAAAAAAACAGGAACAAGUGGAGACCCCGUGAAACUUCUGACAAACCUGUUUGGCUUGGGACUGCCUAGCCAGUGGCACUUGUACCAGUACCAUGUGGAUUUCAACCCUGCCCUCGCCUCAAUGAGACUGAAGUCUGCACUGCUGUAUAGUCAUGGAGAUAUCCUGGGGACGGCACGUGCCUUCGAUGGCGCCAUACUGUUCCUAUCUAGGAAACUUCAAAAUAAGGUGACAGAACUGACCAGCACCACCAAAAACGGAGAAGUGGUGAAGAUCACAGUGACCAUGACCAGCACGCUGAUGCCAGGAUCCCCCGUCUGCAUCCAGUUCUUUCACGUCCUGUUCAAAAAGGUAUUUAAAUUUCUCAACAUGUACCAAGUGGGACGCAACUACUUCUGCCCAUCGAAUCCCGUGGAAAUUCCUCAGCACAAGCUGUCUCUGUGGCCCGGAUUCUCUGUAGCAGUCACACCUCUCGAGAGACAGAUCACGCUGAGUGCAGAUGUGAGCCACAAAGUUCUGCGCAACGAGACCGUGCUGGACUCCAUGAAUGAGAUGUACUACAGGAUGCCCAAAGAGAGAUUCACUGAUGCUUGCGAGAAAGAGUUUCUGGGCAUGGUUGUGUUAACCAGGUACAACAAUAAAACCUACAGAGUGGACGAUAUCGAUUGGUCGACCAAACCCACAGACAAAUUCCUGAAAAAAGAUGGCUCUCAUAUUUCCUACGUGGAAUACUAUAAACAGCAAUACAAUCUUGAGUUGACAGACCUAUCCCAGCCCAUGUUGGUGAGCAGCUUGAAGGCAAAGAAAAAUGAAGCGUGUGACUCUCCCCGGGUUGUUCACCUACUUCCAGAACUGAGCUAUCUCACUGGGCUGUCGAGCCGCGCACUUACGGACUUCCGCCUGAUGAAAGACCUGUCGCUGGAAACACAAUUAAACCCGGAGCGCCGGCAGAAGAGGCUGCAGACUCUGGCAGAAAACAUCCAGGAAAGUCGGGAGGCGAGCGCCGAACUUGCAAAAUGGGGGCUACGACUUGAGAAUCAGCUGUCUAUCACCGGACGCGUUAUACCGCCGGAAAAGAUUUGUUUGAGGGAUGGAAUAUGUCAACCUGCGUCUGCUGCCGACUGGUCUCGAGAUACACGAAGCGGCAGAAUAAUCCAUGCCAAGCCUCUGUCCAGUUGGCUUCUCCUAUUUAGUCACCGCAAUGGAGAUGUUGCCGAGCAGCUGGUCCAAUGUCUGAUGAAAGUAGGCGAUGGAAUGGGCUUCUCUAUUGAUAACCCCAAAAUUGUACAAGUAGAAGACGGCCCAGUCUCAUUCCUGCGUGCUCUGCAGAGAAACGUGAAUCCUGAUCUUCAGCUGGUGUUUUGCAUUCUACCUUCCCAGUCGAAGGACAACUAUGAUUCCAUAAAGAAGUAUCUCAGCUUGGAGCAGCCGGUUCCGAGCCAAUGUGUGCAGAGCCGCACUCUGAACAGGCAGAACAUGCUCAUGAGCGUCGCCACCAAAAUCGCCAUGCAAAUCGUCUGCAAAACCGGAGGAGAACUGUGGGCAGUGGAGAUUCCUCUCAAGUCUCUUAUGGUGAUUGGGAUAGAUGUCAACAAAGACGCCAUCAAUAAGUCUCAGUCAGUCGUGGGCUUUGUGGCGAGCACUAAUUCAACACUAACCAGGUGGUUUUCGCAGUGUAUGAUUCAGAAAACAUCUACAGAUUUUGCUGAUUGCUUGAAAGUGUGUAUGAAAGGUGCUAUUGAAAAGUGGCAGAAAAGUAACAAUGCCCUGCCCGGCCGUAUAAUCGUCUAUCGGGACGGAGUUGGGGAUGGACAGCUACAGAUGCUUCUUGAUUAUGAAAUCCCUCAAUUCCUCGGCUUCUUUAAAGAGUCCCGCCCUGCAUACAGCCCCAAGAUCACAGUGGUUGUGGUGAGGAAGAGAUGCACCGCCAGGUUCUUCAGUGAAUCUCACAGGGGAUUACAGAACCCGCCGCUCGGAACCGUCGUCGACAGUGAAGCUACAAGACCAGAAUGGUAUGACUUUUUCCUGAUAAGUCAGAAUGCUCGGCAGGGGACAGUGAAUCCCACCUACUACAACGUUCUGUACGACACCAACGGCCUGAGACCGGAUCACCUGCAGCGUCUCACCUACAAGAUGUGUCACCUGUACUACAACUGGCCGGGUGUGAUCCGCGUACCCGCUCCGUGCCAGUACGCACACAAACUUACCUUCCUUGUUGGGCAGAGCAUCCACCGAGAGCCACGAAUCGAGCUGUCUGACACCUUGUUCUACCUAUAAGUCAGUGUUUUACCCCACACACCCAGUAGUGUCAGAACUAAUCCCAUAUUCUGAGUCAUUACCCUUGUGAAUGUAACAGGGGCGCGUGCGGGUUCUCUGCAGCCUCUCUGUCUGAAUGUUUCCUUUAUGUUACAUAGGUUUUAAAUAUUUUUAUAUCUUUUUUUAAAUGUAUGUUUUCUGUUUCUAUUAAAGGUUUUUUUUA